CAAUGGCUGAAGUGAUGAACAUGCCCGUCGAUCGCCGGAGUAGUGGAGAAAAGAAAGACGAUGACGAUGAUAACGACAAGAAGUUGGCCAACGACGAAAAUGCUGAUGCAUCUCCACCAGCAACAGCUCCAGCUCCAGCUUCAGCACCAACACCAGCACCAGCGCAAGCUCUAGCGCCAGCACGACCAUCCUCACAACGCCGUGACCGUGACUCAAGAGAGAGAAGAAAUGAUGACAGGGACCGUGACACUGAGCGCCCAUCUAAUCGUCGUUCCGAUUACUACGAUAAUCGUAAUCGCUCUUCCCCGGUGCCUCCUCACCGGGAUUACAAGCGGCAUGCUGCUAGCCCUAUUUCUCCUCCUCCACCUCUGUAUCGUGACCGCCGUGGUGGUGGCCAUUCUCCUCCUCGGCGCUCACCUCCAUUCCCGCAGUUUAAGAGGUCUCGCAGGGAUGAAGGUAGUCACGACGGCCGUCGUGGAAGUCCUCGUGGAGGUUUCGGACCUGGUGAUAGAAGGUUUGGAUAUGAUCACCCUGGCAGCUAUGAGCAUAUUGGUGGCAGAGCUGGUUAUCAGGAAGACCGGCCUCGUGGUUGGUAUGGUGGCCGCUCAUCUGGUGGAUACCAAGGUGGUCCAUCUGACUGGGAUUUCACUCGUGGAGGUUACAAUGAUGCUGCCGUUACACAUAGGGAAGGCUUGAUGUCUUAUAAGCAGUUCAUUCAGGAGCUUGAAGAUGAUAUACUGCCAUCUGAAGCUGAAAGCAGAUAUCAAGAAUACAAGUCAGAAUAUAUAUCAACUCAGAAACGAGCUUAUUUUGAUGCUCAUAAAGGCGAAGAUUGGUUGAAAGAUAAAUACCACCCCACAAAUUUGCUUGCAGUUAUUGAAAGGAGAAAUGAACUUUCUCGGAAGUUGACAAAGGAAUUCUUUCUUGAUUUGCAGAGCGGAUCAUUAGAUUUAGGUCCUGGUGUCACUGCUUCAUCUUCAAACAAGUUAGGCCAUGCAAGUAAUCCCAAUUCUGAAGAUGAAGUCGAUGGAGGUGGCAAAAGAAGAUGGCAUGGCCGCAUUCCGACAAAAGAGUCGGAUCCAUUCCCAGCCGCUCCUAAGGCUCACCCAGUCAGUUCUGAACCCAGACGAAUCCAGCUUGACGUAGAACAAGCACAGGCACUUGUAAAGAAACUUGACCUAGAGAAAGGAAUAGAGGAUAAUAUAUUAUCCAGAGCUGAUAAUGAGAGAACAAACAGGGAUAAGUCCCAUGGUGGGUCCAGCGCCCCAGUUGUCAUUAUUCGUGGUUUAGCUUCUGUGAAAGGUCUUGAGGGUGUUGAGUUACUCGAUACACUUAUUACUUAUCUCUGGCGGAUUCAUGGUUUGGAUUAUUAUGGAUUGCUUGAGAGAAGUGAAGCUAAAGGUCUUCGGCAUGUGAGGGUGGAUGGCAAGACCUCAGAUAUAAACAAUAAUUCAGCUGAGUGGGAAAAGAAACUAGAUUCACGAUGGCAGGAACGAUUGAAGGGUCAAGAUCCUUUGGAAAUAAUGACUGCAAAGGAAAAGAUAGAUGCUGCUGCAUCUGAGUCUUUGGAUCCUUAUGUUCGUAAAAUACGGGAUGAGAAAUACGGAUGGAAGUAUGGUUGUGGAGCAAAGGGUUGCACCAAGCUGUUUCAUGCUGCUGAGUUUGUUCACAAACAUUUAAAGCUGAAACACCCAGAGCUUGUGAUGGAGCUAACUUCUAAAGUGCGUGAAGAUCUGUAUUUCCAAAAUUAUAUGAAUGAUGAAGAUGCACCUGGUGGGAAACCUAUCAUGCAGCCUUCUUUACCGAAAGAUAAGCCACAGAGGCGUAGACCUGGUGGUGAUAACCGUAUAAAAGAUGAGCGUGGUAACCGCAGAGAACACGAUAACCGAACCAAUGGGGGUGAAAGAUUUGAUAGGGAUGAGAAUCCACAGUCAAUGGAGUCGGAAGAUGGGGGAAAUCCUGAUGACCCAAUGUUUGAUAAUUUUGGUGGACAAGGUUUACAUGUUGCACCCUUCCCUUCAGACAUGCCUCCUCCUCCAGUAUUAAUGCCUGUACCUGGUGCCGGUCCGUUGGGUCCGUUUGUUCCUGCUCCUCCUGAAGUUGCAAUGCGGAUGCUGCGAGAUCAGGGUGGGCCUUCCCCAAUUGAAGGGGGAGGCAGAAAUGGGCCCCAAUUGGGUGGCGCUGCCCCAAUAAUUGCUUUACCUCCAUCAUUUAGGCAGGAUCCUCGUCGUUUACGAAGCUAUCAAGAUCUUGAUGCUCCCGAGGAUGAAGUUACGGUGAUCGACUACAGAAGUUUGUAAUGUGAGAUAGCUAAGGUUGGGAUGCUGGUACUUGGAUUUGGUUUGCUAUUAUAAUGAACGUAAAAAGGGUUUGACUCUUUACUUCUAUUGUGUAGGUUAUAUAUAUAGUCAUCAAGCCUUUGCUUAGGAAGAAAGUAAAGCAAACAAGACUAGAGUUGAGGGAAACUACUAACAUACAUCUAAUCCUCUUUAUUUAGGAAAGGUUAUGGAGCAAUUUGAUUUGCUACAAGAAUUUGUUUACUUGCUUGUAGUACUACUUAAUAAAUAAAUUA